ACUUCUGCGACAAACCUCACCUGAAUCGCUUCCUCCGCCCUCUCGACAGAGCAAAGCUACCGCCGACUGAGGCUUCCUUUUGUGGAGAAGAGAGCUAUAGUGGAUGGCCAUUAUAUCUUGUGGAAGUAUAUGGGUAGCACAAUGGGGUAUUCAUCCUCAGUUUACGUCAAGAUCUUAUGUCCCAAACAGACUGACAACAGCUCAAUCUGUUGCCACAAGUAGAAUAAGCUUUUUGGGCCCAAGAAGUUCAAGCUUAUUUUCACGCGAUUCCUUACCUUUGUUAUCCUAUGCGGGAUCAUCUCAAACAUCAAAUGGACAUAGGGCAGCACGUUUCACUGUUAGAGCUGAUUCUGAUUAUUAUGCUGUCCUUGGGGUGUCCAAAAAUGCAAGCAAAUCUGAAAUUAAGAGUGCUUAUCGGAAGCUUGCUCGGAGUUAUCAUCCAGAUGUGAACAAAGAGCCUGGGGCAGAGCAAAAGUUCAAGGAAAUCAGCAAUGCAUAUGAGGUGUUAUCAGAUGAUGAGAAACGAUCUCUAUAUGAUAGGUAUGGAGAAGCUGGACUUAAGGGUGCUGGUAUGGGCAUGGGGGAUUUCAGCAAUCCUUUUGAUCUGUUUGAGUCACUGUUUGAGGGCAUGGGUGGCAUGGGUGGCAUGGGCAUGGGUGGCCGAAGUUCCAGGAACAGAGCAGUUGAUGGUCAAGAUGAAUAUUACAAUCUUGUCUUGAAUUUCAAGGAAGCUGUUUUUGGAGUUGAGAAAGAGAUUGAGAUAUCCCGACUUGAGAGUUGUGGAACUUGUAAUGGCUCAGGUGCAAAACCAGGCACUAAACCAACCAUCUGUAGUACAUGUGGCGGGCAAGGUCAGGUAGUCUCCUCAGCAAGAACUCCAUUGGGUGUUUUCCAGCAAGUAAUGACAUGCUCCUCUUGUGGCGGCACAGGGGAAAUUUCAACCCCUUGCAAUACAUGUUCUGGGGAUGGAAGGGUGAGGAGAACAAAGCGGAUUAGUUUGAAAGUUCCAGCUGGGGUUGACUCUGGUAGCCGUUUAAGGGUCCGCUCUGAAGGUAAUGCUGGAAGGAAAGGUGGAUCCCCUGGUGAUCUUUUCGUUGUUAUUGAAGUUAUCCCAGACCCUGUACUAAAACGUGAUGAUACCAACAUAUUAUAUACCUGCAAAGUGUCAUACAUAGAUGCAAUUUUGGGGACAACAAUUAAGGUUCCAACAGUGGAUGGCAUGGUUGAUUUGAAGAUACCAGCAGGGACCCAGCCGAACACCACACUUGUAAUGGCUAAGAAAGGAGUUCCUGUUCUAAAUAAAAGCAAUAUGAGGGGCAAUCAGUUGGUCCGUGUACAAAUCGAAAUUCCAAAAAGAUUGAGCAGCGAAGAGAGAAAACUCAUUGAGGAGCUUGCUGAUUUAAGUAAAGGCACGGCAGCAAGGAGUAGGAGAUAGCAGCUGGGCAAUGUCUUUAUCCAUCAGUUAGGUUUUAUGCACCCUUUCUGGAAAAUGUAUUUGUAAUUCUACCCCCAAGUGGAUGGUACAAGGGAAUUACAGGGCCUGCAGAGAAUUGAUCAGUUCUGAAGCAGUGGAACUGUUGCAAAGACAAGUGGAGAUCUGUAGCCUAAAGGUAAAAUUAUAUUUCGAUAAAAUUUUGUUCCCUACAAAGAAAACUUUAUGGAAACAAGGAGGCAAAACAAAGAUAGGUCUCUUGUGAUUUAGUUUUGAACUAGACUGUCUUUUAUUUAUUAUUCUUUGCAAUUGAACUAAAUUGCUAAUCAACAAUGUAAUGUAAUCCUUCAAUUUUGUCUACUUGUGAUGAAUAGAUCUGCAACUGCAUG